UACAAGAUGCAUGCCAAGUCAAAUGAUUUACUGGAUUUCCAAAAACUGGAUGCUCUUCUGGAAAAAAUUGCACAUUCAGUCUCAGUGAAAAGAGAUUCCAGUGAGGAGUGCAAUGGGAUCAGUGGUACUUUGUCAGUGGAAUCUGUGCCGGGGCCAAGAUUGAACUGGUGUCCUGCCAGCACCACUACCCCUGGCCCUACUCCUGCUUCAGCUCCCGUUUUGGGGCACAAGCCCACACCCAACCCUGUCAGGAUGGGGGAUGGCCUGGAUACAGCACAGAUGUCGGGAAGCAGCAGCAGCCAGGGGCAGGCCCAACAUGGUGUCAAUCCCCCACCUCCAGAGUAUAUCAACCCCAACAGGCCAAAGCGCCAGACCAAUCAACUGCAAUAUCUGCUCAAGGUGGUGGUGAAAUCCCUUUGGAAGCACCAGUAUGCCUGGCCUUUUCAUGCACCAGUGGAUGCAGUCAAGCUUAACCUGCCUGACUAUUACACAAUAAUAAAAACACCUAUGGAUAUGGGAACAAUCAAGAAAAGACUUGAGAACAGCUACUACUGGAAUGCCGAAGAAUGUGUCCAUGACUUUAGCUCAAUGUUUACCAACUGCUACCUAUACAACAAGUCUGGAGACGACAUUGUCUUAAUGGCUGAGGCUCUAGAGAAGGCUUUCCUUGAGAAGGUUGCAGAAAUGCCUCAGGAGGAAGUUGAGAUUCCCGUCAUGACAGGAAAAGGACGUGGCCGAGGCAGGAGAGAAGGUGGUCUAAACUUGAAACCAGGAACAAUUAUAGAUUCGCCAGCCACGACUCCACAAACACCUGGUCUGUCAGCCCCCUCACCAGCUUCACAGUCUCGAGGACCAACGCAGACCCCACCUUCACUACCUCCCCUUCCUUCAAUGCAGGCCCUACCAUCCCAUGUACCCCAAACAAUACCUAGCCAUGUGCCACAGCUUAGAGCUUCGUACUCCAUGGUUCCAUCAGACUGUGCUCCUCAAGUUCCUAUUAUGACUCCUGUGCCUCACCCUGCUCAGACCUCUCUUCCUCCAGUAUCGGUUCAAAGCACUACUCCCAUGCCGCAGACUCCUAUAACAAUGACCAAACAAAAAAAGAGCCAAAAAAGAAAAGCAGACACUACAACUCCCACAGCAAAUGACCAGAUGAGUGAGUCUUCACCAGCAGAAUCCAAAUCUGGGAAGACGCUACCUAAGCGAGAAAGUAGCCGACCCCCGAAACUGACAAAGAAGGAGGCUCCAGACUCUCAACAUUACAUAGGCACGGGUACUGGACUUAGUGGACAAAGUGGAGGUCUAAGUCCUAAACCUCAGGAUCAGUUAGGUUAUUGUGCUGGUUUGGUUCAGGAGAUGCUGUCCAAGAAACACGCUGCUUGUGCUUGGCCUUUUUACAAACCUGUUGAUGUGGAUGCACUGGGACUUCAUGAUUAUCAUGAUAUCAUCAAACAUCCCAUGGAUCUCGGCACCAUUAAGUCUAAGUUGGAGAACAAGCAAUAUCUAGAUCCUCAAGAGUUUGCCGCUGACGUGCGGUUAAUGUUUUCAAACUGCUACAAAUAUAAUCCACCAGAUCACGAAGUUGUAAGCAUGGCACGCAAACUGCAGGAUGUCUUUGAAAUGUGGUUUGCCAAGAUGCCAGAUGAACUUGAGUGUAAGCCAAUGGUUUCUGUGCCAGCUCCUAUACUUCACCAUCCUGCCCCCGUUAAGCCUCAGCCUCCUCUGGCGCAUGUUGCCUCAUCUUCAGACAGCUCCAGUGACUCAUCCUCUGAGUCUGAAUCUUCCACAGAUGACUCUGAAGAAGAGAGAGCCCAGAAGUUAGCAGAGCUCCAGGAACAGCUGAAGGCUGUCCAUGAACAGCUGGCUGCCCUGUCGCAACCACAAACCAGCAAACCAAAGAGAAAAGAAAAGGAAAAGAAAGAGAAGAAAAAAGAUAAGCAUAAAAAGAAAGGUAGUGUGCCUGGCCUCGAUGAAAUCCACGAUGCUACACCUGUUUCUCAGCUGUCUAAGAAAACCAAGCCCAUUACCAGCACCAACAAAGAGGUUGUUACAAAAAAGAAAUCCAGUAAAAAGGAAGGUGUGAAAAGUAGUCAUCCUCCUACCCUUCAGCCAGUUCCCAGCCUGGAGGAUGAUCUUGGAGCCACUGGAUCAUCAGUAACAGGGGAGAAGUGCAAGCCUAUGACCUACGAAGAAAAGCGACAGCUAAGCCUGGAUAUCAACAAGCUUCCUGGGGAUAAGCUUGGCCGUGUGGUUCAUAUAAUCCAGUCAAGAGAGCCCUCACUUAAAAACUCAAACCCUGAUGAGAUUGAGAUUGACUUUGAGACACUGAAGCCCUCCACUCUGCGUGAGCUGGAGAGGUAUGUGUCAUCCUGCCUCCGGAAGAAGAAAAAGUUUCCAGGUAAGCUGUUGGAUGACGUAAGCAGGAGAGGCUGCAUCUCAUUAACUAGUAAAGAAAGUGUCUACUUGAGAAAAAGUGAGAUUGCUUUUGUUGAGAAGAACAUUGAGUCCAUGGCAACUUCCAAAAAGAUUGGAUCUUCCUCGGAAAGCAGUGACUCAAGCUCAGACAGUGAAGCUGAGAUCACAGGAAUGAUAAAACAGCGGAAAAAGAAGAGCCAACCUGUGAAGGAGGGAAAGAAGACGCAUCCUCCUGUUCAGGCAGGCCCUGCUCAAACUGGGCUUCCAUCCCAAAUUCUUGGCCCUCAGUCUAGCAGUCAGAUGAAGAAUCAACCUCCCUCUGCAAGCUUUGUGGCUGCUCCCCCUGUUGCAGCCCUGGAGUCCUCCCACUUACUAGAGAGCUAUGAGUCCUUGCCGCCUUUCAGCAGCCAUCAGCCAAUAAUGCAUUUGCCACACCACACAGACAACUCUUCCCCUGUACCUCCGCAUCUGAAUGCACAUUCUGCUGGGCCAGUGUCCCCUGAGACACACCCAUUCCUCAAUCAGCAUCCCAUCCUCCCAUCUCCAGCUCUACACAGUUCUAUGCCUCAGCAACCGUCUCGGCCCAGUCACAAGGCAGCACCUCUUCAUCCCAAACCACCUCAACAGCAACUAGCACCACUUCAGCAGCAGCCAUCUCUUCAGCAGCAGCCAUCUCUUCAGCAGCAGCCAUCUCUUCAGCAGCAGCAGCAGCAGCUUCAACCCCAGCCAGCAGCUCCACCGCAGCACCAGCUUUCCUCUCAGAUACUUCACCCUCCAUCUCAGUCCCUGCAUCAAAGGCCAAUGUCACCACCCACAUUUACACCACAAGGCUUGUUGUCUUCUCAGCCUCCCCAGAUGCUGUUAGAAGAUGAUGAAGAGCCUGGGUCUGCAGCAUCUUUAAAUCAAGUGCAGUUAUACCUACAGCAGUUUCAGCAAAUCCGUCAACCUCAGCAGACCAUGCAGUCGCUUCAGACACAAGUUUGUCAGCAGCAGCAGCCACAACACCAACACCAACAAGGACAGACUUCUCUUCUGCAGUCUGUCCAGGGACAAUCUCAGCUCUCUACUCAGACUCCUCUUCCUCCUCCACAACUUCCUGUUCAGCCCCAGGCUCAGCCCACUCCUAUACUUCAGGCCCCACCCCCACAAAUAUCCCUACACCAAGCCCGUCACAUGCAAAACACUCAGCAUCAACAACAGCAAUCACAACUGCAGCAAACAAAUUUCCUUCAGGGUUCUGGACUCAGUCAGAACCAGGGUCCACAACAUAGUAUACCCAUGCCCUCUAGUAAAGCACAGCAGAUCAUCCAGCAGCAGCAAGAGCAGCCCUCCCCUCGCCCAAUCAAAGCUGACCCUUAUAACACUGGUCAAAUAAGGGACAACCCGUCUCCUCUCAUGAUGCAUUCUCCACAACUUCCCCAGUUUGUGUCUCACCAGUCUCCAUCUCAUAAUAUGCAGCCCAAAAAGCAGAGGGCCUCUGGAAACCAAGGUGCAAUUAAGGAAGAAAGACUUCCUCCAUCACCAGUGAUGAGAGGAGAUCAGUUGAACCCUGCAAUGAGACCAGACCGUCACAAACAUCCUGAAAACAAGCCCAGUCAACCAAGCCACAGUCAACAGAAUGUGAAGUCUGUUGACAGCUCACGGCCGGUCAUUCGUUCUUCUGAGCCGAGUGGACCACCCCCCUCUCUGCAGGACAAGGACAAGUUCAAACAGGAGCCCAAAACCCCUACGGCUCCAAAAAAGGGACAGGAUGCAAAAUUUAAGAUUAUGGGCUCAUGGGCGAGCCUGGGACAAAAGCCAACAUCUACACCUUUAUCUGGGGCGAAAUCCUCGAGCGAUAGUUUUGAGCAGUUUCGCCGUGCUCUUCGGGAGAAAGAGGAGAGGGAAAAGGCCCUAAAGGCGCAGGCCGAGCAGGCAGAAAAGGACAGGCUGCGCAGAGAACAGGACAAAGCACGAGGACGGGAUGAAGAGGAUGUCAUUGAACCUCCCAGAAGGGUGCACGAGGAGCCUCGUGGACGUCUUGAGCAGCAGCACGGCCAAGCCCCUUCCCAACCACAACAACCGCAGAUGCAUCCAGAAGCCCAGCCAGCCGUCAUUCAGCAGCCUCCUCAACCCCCCACUCCUCCUCAGCCCACCACACAAAACUCACUCGACCAACACAGAGAGAUAGCACGCCUAAAAGAGCAGGAGAGGAGGAGGAGGGAGGCGAUGGCAGCCACUAUUGACAUGAAUUUUCAAAGUGACAUAAUGGCUAUCUUCGAGGAAGGCUUUUGAGAAAAUGAGCAACUGGAACAAAGAGCAAAAAGAAGAAAGUAAGUGAGUGAAAUGAGGACGAGCUCCCUCUGGCAAAAUGUACCACAAAAGGCCACACUUGACUUGAUCCACGAGCCCUACUGAGACUUGAUACGAAGGCUGGACUUGUGGUCACAGCUUGCCUCGGCCUCUCGGGCUGAACUCUGGUUGUCGUCUCAAUGUUUUGAACGUCAGUCUUGUUGGAUUUUAGCGUUGCUUGCUUGACCUCCCAAAACGAGAAAAAGAGGACCUCUUCUGGCACAGUUGCCUUUGUCAUGCUUGAUUCUCCCUCUGUGCACGGACACAGCAAUAACUGCAGGAGGAACGACGUCCCAGUCCCAGUGACGAUGAAAGAUGCUCUGAUACUGACAGACUGUGCAGGUGGAUUUUGAAACUGCCAGAUGUCAAAAAUUGUGAAGAAAUAAGUCUUUUAUGUUCUGUUUAUUUUAUUGUAAGUGAACACAUUUUUUUAAUUAUUUGGGGGGGAACUUCCACACUGUAAAUCAUGUAUAUUUCUUAGCAGAGGAGGUACAGUUUGCCUUACAUCUUUUUUCCUAAACAGACAAGUAUGUUCUAUGGCCUGGAAACGUCAUUAAUGUUUUCAGACAGGACCAGAAGCCGUGCAGAAUUUUUCCAUCAUCUAGUAUCUACUGUAAAGAAGUAUUUUCUUAUCCUACAAUAACUGUUUAUUUUGGAUCUUUCUCCUUCGCUCUGAAUCUUCACACCAACACACUCCCAACACCCACGCCGAACCACACAUCUUUUGUGCUAAAUUACUUCUUCUAAGACAGAGAAGUAGGGCAAAAAAAUGAAAAUAUGCAUUAUCAAAACUGCAAUGAGUAUUUAUCCAAGACAGAAUCAGUUUGUAUCUUUCCUUGUGUUUGUUAUUUUAAACCACAGCAAAAUUGCUACAAGACGAGAGAACGUACCAGCUGUUUUUAAGCUGUAGU